AUUGAAACAUUAUUUUAUUACCUUCUUCAAAAAAUUUUAAUUUAUGAUCAACAAAAAGCUUUGGCUAUGGGGUUGGAAAUGAAUGUUGAUUUAACGGCAAUAUUACAAAGUUCAGAAUUUCUUGUUUCAAUUUAUAUUUGUGCUGCAGAUUUAAUUCUUUGGGUUAAUGAGGACUCACGAACAUUUCGAUGGAUAACAGAAAUAUUUACUGAUAAUGUUGCUCCUCUUGAAUUUUAUCGAAUUUUUGAAUUAAUUGUUAGGGCAGAUACUUCUUUUAGUAGAGAAAUGGUUAAACAUUUAAAUCAGCUAGAGGAAUGUGUUUUGGAAGAACUUGUUUGGACAACAGACUCGCCUCUAUGGAGUGCUUUACAGAAUAGUAGAAUUGUUGAACAAUUUGGAGAAAGUUCAUCAGUUCCAAGCUCUCAAAUACUUUCUAAAUUUACUGGAAAUUUACAACGAAAUAAAUCUGAUUUAACUCCACAAAUUAUUAAUUUUUUUAAAAAGGUUUACCAUUUAUCUGCAAUUCGUCUAACAGAUUUGUUUGAACGUUUACGUAUUAGUGAUGAAUUAACCAAACGAAAAAUUUGGACACUUUUUGAGCACGUUUUUCGUUCAAAAAUUAUUUUAUUGAAAAAUAGACAUUUGGAUCAAAUAUUGAUGUGUUGUGUUUAUAUUAUAACAAAAGUUUGUUCUCUCAAAAUAACAUUUCAGGAUAUAAUAUUUCAUUAUCGCCAUCAACCACAAGCUUCGAGUAAUGUUUAUCGAAAUGUACUUAUGCGAAUGGAUUUUAUUGACAAAAAAGAAGAUAAUUCUCCUGAAACUGAACGUGAGGAUUUGAUUAGGUUUUACAAUAAAAUAUUUGUACCAAUUGUUGAGGAUUAUGUUAAGAAAUUAUAUCCAUCUGGGCCAGAAAGCAAAGAAAAUGUUUUCCCAUUAAUUUCAAUGCCAAAAACUCUAGUAAAUCCUCUAUCACCAAGAAAAGUUAUUGGGGACAGAAUUAAUGUUAUUCCUUUAUCUCAAUACUCUCAAACAAUUGCUAGACAUCGUUCAACAAGAAGAUUUGAUAUUUACAAGUCCCCUUCGAAGGCUUGGAUAUUUUUAAAAAAUAAAUUUAUUUACAUUUUUAGGAUUUGAG